AUGGACAUCCCACUGCAGGACAACCUCACCCUCACUGCUCACAGAGCCUGGAUGGGAGCUCACUACACCUCGCUGCUCUUCCUGGAUGCCACAUGCCAGCAGGAGAAGGGCAAGCAUGACAAUGACAUCCCACACCCCACCACGGCCGCCUCCACCAUGUCCGUCUGCUCCGAUGCCUACACUGAGUCCUCCUGGCAGGUGGACGACUGUCCAGAGAGCUGCUGCGAGCCCUCCUGCUGCGCCCCCAGCUGCUGCCAGCCCAGCUGCUGCCAACCCAGCUGCUGCCAACCCAGCUGCUGUGCCCCCUGCCUGACCCUGGUCUGCACCCCGGUCAGCUGUGUGUCCAGCCCCUGCUGCCAACCCGCCUGCACCAGCUCCUGCACGCCCUCGUGCUGCCAGCAGUCUUGCUGCCAGCCGGCCUGCUGCUCCUCCUCCCCCUGCCAGCCGUCCUGCGGUGUGCCCGUCUGCUGCAAGCCCGUCUGCUGUGUGCCCGUCUGCUGUGGGCCGUCCUGCGGUGUGACCCUCUGCUGCAAGCCCCCCGUCUGUACCCCCGUCUGCUCUGGGUCCUCCCCUUGCUGCCAGUCCUCAUGCUGCCAGCCGUCCUGCUGUGUGCCCGUCUGCUGCAAUCCCUGCUCCAGCGUGUCCCUGCUCUGCCGCCCCGUGUGCACACCCGCCUGCUGUGUGCCCACCUCCUCCUGCUGCGCCUCCUCCUGCCAGCCCAGCUGCUGCCGCCCGUCCUCCUGCGUGUCCCUGCUCUGCCGCCCCGCCUGCUCCCGCCAGGCCUGCUGUGGCCUCUGCUCGGGCCUGAAGUCCAGCUGCUGA